AUGGAUCAGCAAUAAACAGAUAUUAAGGAAUUGUUGUCACUAUAUAAUAAUGCGAUGUAGAUCAAGAAGAGAGCUGAGAAGAAAUUGAUACGAUUCACGAAUUGUCUUUCCGAAUUGGAUCGAAGAAAUUGUGGAGCAGAAAUUAUUGAGCAAAUCAAUGUUGUCAGACAAAAGAUCAAGGAAGAAAGGAAAAAUCAAGCUGAGUAGACUCCAGAUGGACUAAAGUAGUUUAAUGCUAAAACAAAAACUUCAAGAAAAGGAACUAUGUAUUUGUUUCAUAUGAUUGAGCAAGAACUUGAAUCUAUGGAUCUGGAGUAUAAAUGCAAACUGUAGCAAUAGCAGCAAGUGAUAAAUGAUCUCAAUCUCUAAAUUGAAGAAGUCAAAGAUUAUAAUCAGGAGUAAAUUUUUAGUUUGACUCAAAAGAAUCAGUAACUGCUCAAUCUCAUUGAAGACUUAAACAAAUAAAUCGCAGAAUUAAAAUAAAGUAUCCCUUUAAAUGACAUUUUAGUUUUGGAACACUAUCAAAACGAAGAAUUUAAAUCUCAAUAAUUUAAUAACAGUUCCAUAAGAGUAUCCCAGAACUCAUAAAUGUUAUAGAACAUCAAGAAAGUAGGAAGCCAAGAAAACAAUCAAACCACAGAAUCCUUAGAUCAAUGCUAAUUUGAAACCUUGGCUUCAGAGGUCAAAUAUCAAGAGACUUGUGAAAAUUUCGACGAAGAGAUCCUUUUAGGAUCAUCAAAUCAAUGUGCUGAGUCUAAAGGUAUUCACUCUCAAUAUUAAAUUGUAGAAUUACAAUCCCCAAUCAGAAUUUAGGACUAAUAAUCUAAUCAAAAUUAAAUUUAUGAAUUAAAUUUUACAAUUGAAGAAUUAAAAGAACAAAUCCAAAAUUUACAAUAAGAGAAAUAAAAACUGAUAGACAGUCUUUAAGAAAAUGAACUUAAAUUUGAAUCCUUUAAAUAAAAAAUUUUAAUCAAUGAGAAAAAUUUACAUAAUCAAAUAAAUGAUCUGAUCUAAUAAAAUUAAGAUCUGUUGGCUAAAGAGUAAAUACUUUAGGCUUAGAUUGAGGAUUAGAAGAAUGAAAUUAAAAAUAUAGCAAAACUUACUGAAGAUCUAUCAUAAUCUUAAUAAUUAUUGAAUUAAAAGGAUUUAUUAAUAUCAACAUUGAAUGGAGAACAAGAACAAUUUAAGUCUUAAAUAUAAUAAUUUGAAUAAUAAGUUGAAUUGAUUCCCAAAUUAAAAGAAGAUGUUGAUCACCAUAAGAAUGUAAUAAACGAGAAAGAUGGAGAAAUUCAAUAAUUAAAAUAACAUCUUGAAAAUGAACAGAAUCUAAAUGUGGAAAAGUAAAAAACAAAUGAGACAUUAAAUGAAAAGGUCAUUGAAACUCAGAAUACUUUGGAUAAAUAAAUUUAAUCGAACUCAUUAUUGUAGAAUGAUAAUCAAAGUUUAAUUUAAAAAAAGUAGUUGCUUACCAAUUAAAUAGAGUAACUUAAUAAUGAGAAAGAACAAUAAAAAUCAGAAUUUACAAGUAAAAUAUAGGAUCUAGAAACUGAAAUUCAAAGCUUAUCUUCAAAAAGAUAGGAGUAGGAUUAACAUCUUAAUGAGUAAAAUCUCCUUCUUUAAAAAUUAAGUUAAAAUGAGUCCAAUUUAACAAAAGAAGUUUAAGACUUGACCUCAUAGUUGAAGGAAUUUGAAAUCAAAUUCAAAGUAUUAGAAUAGGAAAAUACUAAAUAAUCAUAAGAGAUUAAAGUUUUAAAUGAGUAAAAACAAUAAUUUGAAUCUUAAAUUGGAGAGGUGAACUCACAAUAUUAGAAAAUAAAAUAGGAUUUCCAUGAUUACUAGAUUAAUAAGGAGGGAGUAGAGUCUGCUUUAAAUAAGGAACUUGAAUGUAAAAAUUAUUAAUACCAAUUAGAAACAAAAAUUUAAAAUCAGCAACUCUUAGAAGAGAUAGAUUAGCUUAAAAAAAAUAUGGAGGAAUUGACUCGCAUUAGCAGUAGUAAAGAUCUGUAAAGAGAUGAAUAGAUAAAAUUUUAAAAGUAAUUGGAAAAUCAAUACAAAGUUCUUGAGGAUAAAUUUAAGAAUGCAAAGCAAUAAUCCUAAGAAGAAUGCGAUAAAAUUGCAGAGGGUUACAAGGAGGAGCUCAAAUUAAUGUAGGAAUAGUUGAUGAGAAGUUCUGAAAACAUCAAGCAAUUUUCACCUGUUAGAGAACUAUCAUAAGAUGAUAAAUAUAAAGAGUAGAUCAAUAGACUCAAUGAUGAACUUAGAUUAAGCAAACUAUAAAUUGCCCAAUUCUCUGCUGUUAAUAAUUAGUUAAAGUAAUAAUAAAAGGAUUUGGUGUUGAAGUUGUAAAGUAUGUUGAAACUGACUCCAGCAGCUGAUUAGGAUCUUAAUGAUUUGAUUUUAAUAAUCGAAAGCAAUUUAUCAAGUUGUCAAAGUAGUCCUGUAAGACAAUCCUCAAAGAAAACCAGCAUGAUUGAUACAACCAAGAUGCUUAUGAACAAAUCCAGAAUGUCAAUGGGUUCUAAUAGGGGAUCUGUGUUGGUAUCUUAGAAUCAGAUAUCAGACAAUGGAUACAGAAAUAGUGCAAACCUCUAAGAUAAUGGAUUUAGAAAUAGUAUAAAUGUGUAGAAGGUUCCAUCGAGCAGUCAAAGUAAUACAGACUUGUAGAAAAUUCUGGACGAUGUUUCAGAUUAGGAUAUUGUUUAGUAAUGA